AUGGCCAUUGACGAGCAAUUGGGGGAAUCCGAUGGCGCCAACUUGGUGGUGUGCUACAGCUCCCACGAACGUGGUAUUUCCAAGACCAUGGCCGACUUUCUCGCUCCCAAAAACGCCAACGACAGCGCAGCUGCCACGCGGACGUUGUACUUCGUAGACGCGAUGGACAGGUUCCCCGUUAAAGAAUUUUGCGAGUUUUUGCCGCCAGAAGAACACCACACGCUGUUUGAGAACGUUCGCAUUUUGACAAGUCUGGACAUGGACGAGUUUUCCCGUACGGUAGGCCAGAUAUCGCGGUCGACGCUAGCACUGCGUUCGGCACACCAGCGAAGUCCGCAGGAUGUUCCCGUGCCAGAAGUGUUGGUUUUUGUGCGUGGUUUGGACGUGAUCUUCCGAAACACGGCUCUAAAGGACCAAAUGCACGCGCAUCGGUCGCUGAAAGACGCCAUGCUGCGGCUGCGCAUGCUGGGGAACGCUCGCGAGUUCCCCACACGCACAAUUGUGCUAUUCCCGUCCCAGGGCCAGGGCCCGUCUCCGAAUACUCAAAACGUCGUGCAACCCUCUCAAAAACGACAAAAAAAGCUUGGAAACGGCGCUUUCCAAAACUACAAUUCCCUUGCUGGGUAUCUAACCAAGUUUUACGCCGAUUCUGUCAUAAGCGAGCCUUGUUGCUGA